AUGGACUUGAGCAAAAUCCCGGUAGCGCCUCCACCACCAGGGGUUACUCCCAACUUCGAUAACCCGGAGGGCUCAAAGUUCAAGAUCUACUCCGUCAGCAUUGCAAUGUGCUCAUCCGCGACCCUUGUCUUACUUCUUCGAUUGUAUACGCGCUUGUACAUUUUAAGAACAUAUGGGCUAGAUGACCUGUGCUGCGUGAUGGGGCAGAUCUGUGCGUGGAUUUUCGCCAUCCUGAGCUUAAUCAACAUUAAAAACGGAUACGGCGUACACGUAUGGGACUUGCAUCUCGACAAGCUGACGCCAUUCAAGAAGUAUGAUCUUGCCGAAGAGGACGUCUACGCCCUCGGUGUCUGGUUCGUCAAAACGGCUAUCCUACUCUUCUACCUACGACUCAAUCCCGAAAAGCGUUUCCGCCAAAUGACUUUCGCAAUCAUGGCCUUCGUCGCUUUCUACAGUCUACUGAGCAUUCUUAUCUUCACACUCGGGUGUAACCCGGUUCAGGCGAUGUGGGAUGUCACCAUUAAGGAUGCCAAAUGUGUCGACCAGUUCGCCUUUGUCUACGCGAACGCAGCGUUCAACGUGUUUUCUGACCUGGUGACGCUGAUCCUCCCCAUCAAGCUUUGCUGGUCACUGCAGACGUCGCUGAGGCAAAGGUUGCUUCUUAUGAUUGUUUUUGGGACAGGUUCAUUUUGCUGUGUGGUCGCUAUCCUACGAAUCGUGACCAUGAUGCCCUAUAUUCACAGCAAUGACUUUACACAUUUCAAGGUCACCCUCGCAAACUGGUGCAUGAUCGAAAUCAAUGUCGGCAUAAUAUGUGCCUGUCUACCAACAAUGCGACCGCUCCUAGCCCGAUCCUUCCCACGGAUUUUCAGCAGCAUUGACCGGAGCAAUAACAAGAAUUACAAAGGCUCAGGUGGCAGCUAUUCCUUGAAGCCACACAGGAAGAUCCGCAACUGGGACCAUCUUACAACUCUUCAAGGCACCCAACUGGCGACACAAGAUCUGGAGAAUCGAAAGAAUUCGGAAAGUGUCCAAGAGUUGGUUAAGCCCGAUGGACACAAUGAACCCCAUGGAAUCAUGACCAGUACAGAAUAUUCCGUAUCUUACAAUAGGGACCAUAGUCAUCUCGCUUGA